GACGAGGGGGGCAGCGCAGGUUCCUGUCUGCGCUGGUUGCGGCCUGGCACUGAGAGGAGGGGCGGCCCCGGCCCCGGCCCCGGCUCCGGCGGCGAAGCAGGACUAUGGACCCGGCCGAGGCCGUACUGCAGGAGAAGGCCCUCAAGUUCAUGCCCCGAAUACACAUGCCAAAAGAUGGAUUCCAACUUAUAUCUUCUGGAUACCAAGCAUGGCUAAAGCAGUGCUCUAUGCCCAGAUCUCUGUGGCUGGGCUGCUCCAGCCUGGCGGACAGCAUGCCCUCACUGCGAUGCCUGUAUAACCCAGGGACUGGCGCACUCCCAGCUUUCCAGAAUUCCUCUGAGAGAGAAGACUGUAAUAAUGAUGAGCCCCCUAGGAAGAUCAUUCCCGAGAAGAAUUCACUUAGACAGACCUACAACAGCUGUGCCAGACUGUGCUUAAACCAGGAAACAGUAUGUCUAGGAAGCACUGCUAUGAAGACUGAAAAUUGUGUGGCCAAAACAAAACUUGCCAAUGGCACUUCCAGUAUGAUUGUGCCCAAGCAAAGAAAACUGUCUGCAAGCUAUGAGAAGGAGAAGGAACUCUGCGUCAAGUAUUUUGAACAGUGGUCCGAGUCUGACCAGGUGGAGUUCGUGGAGCAUCUCAUCUCCCAGAUGUGUCACUACCAGCACGGACAUAUAAACUCAUACCUCAAACCCAUGUUACAGCGGGACUUCAUCACUGCACUGCCAGCGCGAGGAUUGGAUCACAUUGCUGAGAACAUUCUGUCAUACCUGGAUGCCAAAUCGUUGUGUGCUGCUGAGCUGGUCUGCAAGGAAUGGUACCGGGUGACGUCAGAUGGCAUGCUGUGGAAGAAGCUCAUCGAGAGAAUGGUCAGGACAGACUCCCUGUGGAGGGGGUUGUCAGAGAGGAGAGGAUGGGGACAAUAUCUAUUUAAAAAUAAACCUCCUGAUGGGACUGCACCACCCAACUCCUUCUACAGAGCACUUUAUCCCAAAAUUAUACAGGACAUAGAGACAAUAGAGUCAAACUGGCGGUGUGGAAGGCACAGUUUACAGAGGAUCCACUGCCGAAGUGAGACAAGCAAAGGGGUUUAUUGUUUACAGUAUGAUGAUCAGAAGAUAGUAAGUGGCCUACGAGACAAUACUAUUAAGAUCUGGGAUAAGAAUACAUUGGAAUGCAAGCGAAUUCUCACCGGUCACACGGGUUCUGUCCUGUGCCUCCAGUACGAUGAACGAGUGAUCAUUACUGGAUCUUCGGACUCAACAGUCAGGGUAUGGGACGUGAACGCAGGCGAGAUGCUGAAUACACUGAUUCACCACUGCGAAGCAGUACUGCACCUCCGCUUCAAUAAUGGCAUGAUGGUGACAUGUUCCAAAGACCGCUCCAUUGCUGUGUGGGACAUGGCUUCACCCACAGACAUCACCCUGAGGAGGGUGCUAGUAGGGCACCGAGCUGCCGUCAAUGUAGUGGACUUUGAUGACAAGUACAUUGUAUCAGCAUCAGGUGACAGAACUAUAAAGGUAUGGAACACUAGUACCUGCGAAUUUGUGCGCACCUUAAAUGGCCACAAACGAGGCAUUGCAUGUCUGCAGUACAGAGACAGGCUAGUAGUGAGCGGCUCUUCAGAUAAUACUAUCAGGCUGUGGGAUAUUGAGUGUGGGGCAUGUUUACGAGUACUGGAAGGCCAUGAAGAGUUGGUGAGAUGCAUACGCUUUGAUAACAAGAGGAUAGUCAGCGGGGCAUAUGAUGGGAAAAUUAAAGUAUGGGAUCUUGUGGCUGCUUUGGACCCCCGUGCUCCAGCAGGGACCCUCUGCUUGCGAACCCUUGUGGAGCAUUCUGGAAGAGUCUUUCGACUUCAGUUUGAUGAGUUCCAGAUCGUUAGCAGCUCACAUGAUGACACCAUCCUCAUCUGGGAUUUUCUGAAUGACCCAGCUGCCCAAGCAGAAUCCACUCGUUCCCCGUCCAGAACGUACACCUACAUCUCAAGAUAAAUAACACUACACUGUACCUCACACUCGCACAGGACUCAUUUAAGCUGCAGUAUUUAAAUUAUCUGCCAGUGCCAGGACAAAAGAACUAUCCACCUAACCAAUACUUGCUGAAGAGAGAGGCUCUCAGACUUGUUUCUGGAACAAAGUUGGCAUGCGGUUGAUCUCAGACAGGGUCUACUCAGCGCGGCUGACUGCUAAAGUGCUGCUAUAUCAGAAGAUGACUUUUAUCUUUCAUGAACAGUUAACAUUUUUAAACCUUCCCAUCCCUUUCCUCCCUUGUCCCCCUCUUCCUGUUCACUCCUCUUCCCUUUUCCCUUUUUGGUUCCGCUCCAAACCCAGUCACAGAUGUCCUAUGAAUAUAUUUAAGAUGUUGCCAGAAUGUGUUGCUUUGCUGUUAAGCAGAAGACUUAUAGCCACAGUGCACCCUGCUGAGAGAGUCACUUCAGGGUGGGUGGGAGGGUGGGUGGG